AUGGCAGCCGUACACAUCGUCUUCGCGCUAGAACUGUUAUAUUUUUCUAAGUUAUUUGUGAGCGGAGUUAUUAAUGGAAAUGUUUCGACUAUUCCUUGCCCUUACUUCAGAAAUUCUCCUAGAUUAAACGUACAGGAUCUUGUUGGAAGUUGGCUUACCGUUUACACACAACCUAAGGCAAUAGAUUGUUUUACUUUGCAUAUUCGCGCUACCACUGAGUUGGAAAGAGAACAGUACGUGAUAAAGUAUGGGAACUUUAGCGAACGGGUGAACUGGGAGAAUUGUUUACUGGAAGUAGAGUCGCCCCUUGGGAAGCAUUUCCUGCAAGGCAACGGCACUGAGGCGGGCCUGCUCGAGAACAUUAUAGUGACACGUGGUGAUGAGGGGAACUACAUCGUACAAGAGCAGAGUGCGGAUCAAUGGACAGUGUACGGUCGACGUGGCAGCGAAGUGCUAGUAAUGCGGGAUUGUAUGGGCGAAGCUGCGGCCGCGUUCGCCCGCGCCCCCUACUGGCCUAGUGCAGAAGAGUUAUACGCCAUCUUGCAUCGCAGCGGGAUCGCGCCGCUUGCGCAGGGCAGAGUGCUCUGCGAGCCGAGAGACUUGCCGCCUAACCAACUGUCGAUUAGUCGAUACUUUUCGAAUCGUAUUUAUUAGGGAGCUUUAGGCAGUCCACCAGCAAUGAGCUAAGUGAGUAGGUAGAGCUAGUGCUUAACUAACCCUCAUCUAACAUUAAACAAAAGUCUGUCAAACUCCAUACAAAAACACCGGUUUUUUAUAGUUAGAGUCAAAGUUAAGGUGGUGCAUCUUAGCCUAAGACGUAUUGUUAAAUUUCAGUACUUUAAUCGCUUUUAUAGAAAUUAUUGAAAAUUGCAUUGUGAUUUUUUACCACCACAGAGCCGCCAGUAUCUUGGGUGCAUAGAAAAUAAGUUGUAAAUAUUAAUUGUCAUUCUUUUAUUUACAUUUAGCCUAUAAUUAAGGGAUAUGAGAUUAUUUAGUAAAUUAAAAUAUAGAAUGGGCAAACUGCUGAGAAAUUAGCUUAUUUCAUUGUGAUUUGUAUGACACGUGUACCUACUUAGACUUAGCAGUAGGUACUAUGCUAGUUACUACGUAAUUUUCAGGAAUAUCCAAGAACCGAAAUUAAUUUUAAAAUUCAAUUACCUACCAUAGACUAUGAAAAUUGUGAUUGGCUGACUCAUGGUACAAUCAAUCCAACUAAUUAAUUGUUCCGUGUAAUAAAAACCUUAGAGGUGGCAUAAUCAGGUUUCGAUACCGUGCAAUUUCAUUUACAUUCAAAAUAUUUAUAUGACCUGAAAAAAAAUCCUUAGGCAGUUCGAUUUUUUCAAGUUAUUUAUAAUUUUCAAAGUAGUUUGAGAUCUCUUAAUGCUAAAAAAAUAAAUAACAAAAUCCAGUUAAUUGAUAUAAAUUAUAUUUUAUUUUAUAAAUUAAAAAAUCUAAAUUAAAACAUGAAUAAUACAAACAACCAUACAAAUCUAUCGAUAAAUUAUUUAGAGAUCCUUUGAAACAAGGAAACGAGAAGUCAACUAGAUUAAAUAACAACUAAGUAUUUUAUUAAUCAUAUUUUAACUAGGAGAUCCGAGAAACUAUUCCGUAAAUAAUUAAUUAUUUUUAAUUUCAAUAAUAUGUUUAACAUUAACUAACAUUAUCGUACGUAGGUAAAUUAAUACCUAUAAAAUUAUUAUUUUACUAAUCCAUAUUCAGUAAUAAAUAAUUUAAAACAACAUAUAAAUUUAGUAAAAAUAGGUUAAGUCAAACGAUUUCAUAAGAAAUAUAAAACGACAAAAUAAUAGUCAAUACUUUGCCUUUGAAAAUAUUUUGUUUUUCACUUUUCUAAUACAACGGCUGUACUCGUAUUUAUAAUAAAAGUUUUUCACUAUUCUUUCUUAUCUUUCCAUACACAUUUGCUAUAGGUAUACAGUGUGAGUCACGUUAAAGUGUACAUAUGAAAAUAGAUGAAACUAGACCUAUUUUUAUCGACAAAAAAGAGGUCAAAAAAUUUUUGAG